AUGUUGGACUACUUUGCUUUGGCGUUUGUGGUUGCAGUAAAAGUAUUUAAGAAAACUACUCCAAAUGGAAAAGUUACGGUUUACCUUGGCAAGCGUGACUUCAUUGAUCAUAUGGAUUACUGCGAUCCCGUAGAUGGAGUGGUGGUAGUGGAUACGGAAUACCUGAAAGGAAGAAAAGUUUAUAGUCAGCUCGUAACCACGUACCGCUAUGGUAGGGAGGAAGAUGAAGUGAUGGGAUUGAAGUUCUCCAAGGAAAUGGUUAUCGGCCAAGAACAAGUUGUCCCAAUGAUCAACUCUAAAAUGGAACUGACUCCCGUUCAGGAGAAGUUAUUGAAGAAGCUUGGACCCCACGCUUUCCCUUUUACUUUCAACUUCCCUGAAUUGGCCCCAAGCUCGGUUACACUGCAGCCCUCUGAAGAAGAUCAAGGCAAGCCCAUGGGCGUAGAAUACUGCGUCAGGACGUAUGUGGCUGAACAAGAAGACCAGAAGAGCCACAAGAGGAGCUCAGUCACCCUUGCCAUCAAGAAGUUGCAACACGCACCAACAUCCCGCGGACGUCGUCUCCCAAGCUCUCUCGUGAGCAAAGGAUUCACUUUCAGCAAUGGAAAAAUCAACUUGGAGGUUACCUUGGAUAGAGAAAUUUACUACCAUGGAGAGAAGGUUGCUGCGAACGUCAUCGUUUCCAAUAACUCCAGGAAGUCUGUUCGUAACAUUCGCGCAAUGGUUGUCCAGCACGUCGAGAUUACUAUGAUCAACUCUCAGUUCAGCCGCCACGUUGCCUCCUUGGAAAGCCGUGAAGGAUGUCCCGUCACACCUGGGGCCAGUCUGUCCAAAACAUUCUACUUGGUACCUUUGGCUCGUAGCAAUAAGGAUAUUCGUGGCGUGGCGUUGGAUGGACACCUGAAGGAAGAUGAUGUUAAUUUGGCCAGUUCUACUCUCGUUCCUGAAGGGAAGUGCCCAGCUGAUGCCAUUGGUAUCGUUGUCUCUUACUCUGUAAGGGUCAAACUGAACUGCGGAACUCUUGGUGGAGAACUCGUUACUGAUGUGCCUUUCAAGUUGCUUCACCCGGCUGAAGGAUCUGUUGAACGUCAGCGCUUCAAUGCGAUGAAGAAAAUGCAAUCCAUCGAACGACAUCGCUAUGAGAACUCUCUUUAUACUAACGAGGAGGAAGACAAUAUCGUAUUCGAAGACUUCGCCCGUCUUAGAAUGAACGAGCCUGAGUAA